AUGGAAGCAUCGUCACCGUUGGCUGCUAUGCAGCCUACCAUGGCCAUGCCCUCAUGGGGUGCUGGUCCGGACAUGUUUCGGUCACACACUCGCAAUCCCUUUGCUAAUGGAGGGGGUGUUGCCCGUCGGGCCUUGCGCGAACGAUUACAGAAGACGGAUUACUUCAAUGUCAAAGAGAUCCCCGGCUCUUCGCCAGCAGCGAGUCUGGCCGCGGACCUUUCUCAGAACUUUCGCAUUGACACUGAGGUUAGCCCUCAGUUUCCUACUCCACGACGCGCGCUCUUCACCACCAAUAUGAUGGGAGGCGUCGAAACACGAGGCUUCUGUACAACGCCGCCGCUGCCAUCAUCGUCUCCUGCUCCUACCAUGGACAUGUCGGAUUCCAUGGAGACCAUGGAGAUGUCUCCACUACCUCACAAGCCGCCAUUCACAACUCAAAUCGAAAUAACCUCGCCUACACCCUUAUCGACUCCAUCCCACGAAGAUGACAGCAUGAUGCUAGACUCGCCACCGCCACUCCCCCGCCAGUCCUCCCUGGAACCGCCCAAGGUGUCACUCACUGACCGCAAGAUCGCUGCUCUCAGAAGACCUUCUCUCACUCGAGCAGGCAAAGUCCACAGCACUAACUCUGUCCCGAAUCGAGCCGGUACAGAGAACCCGCUGCCAUCGUUCCGCUUCGGCGCUGGCAUGUCCCAAUCGUCGACCAACCUGUCAUUAAGCGAGUGCUUUGACUCAGCAUCGCCACCUCAAGAGCGCCGCCCAGUGUCGGCCAACAGCCUCUGCGCUCCCUUGGCUCUCAUGCGCUCCCGACCUCAGUUGAACACUGGUUCUCCUCGUCUUGGCUCGCCCGCGGCCAUUUGUCAUGGCCGCCGUAGUAGUUCCAACCCUUACCUGCGUAGCAGAAAGCAGGUUCGACGUUCUUUGAGCAUGUUCGAGAACCCUGGCGAUGUCACAAAGCCUAACCUCGAAAGAGACGAACCCGGGCCCUCUGGUUUACAAGCUGUCAUGGAUACCGACGAUGUCCCUGAGCCCGUGCUGCCUCAUUUUCUGUCUGACGACCCUUCGGAUACUAUUCCCCGCAUUACCAAGGAGACUCUUCUGGAGGUGCUUGAUGGCAAGUAUGCGGAUAACUUUGAUCAAAAGAUGGUCAUUGACUGUCGUUUUGAGUACGAGUAUGAAGGCGGCCACAUAGAUGGCGCGGUCAACUACAAUGACAAGGAGCUUCUCGCCUCGCAACUCCUGCGCACUCCCAUGGCUGGUCGAACUCUGCUUGUCUUCCACUGCGAGUACUCUGCCCACCGGGCGCCCAUGAUGGCUCGCCAUGUUCGUUCUGAGGAUCGUACCAUGAAUGCCGAGUUCUACCCUCGACUCAACUAUCCCGACGUCUAUCUCCUAGAUGGCGGGUACAGUGCCUUUUUCGCCGAGCACCGUGGCCGGUGCUUCCCUCCCGAAUACGUCGAAAUGUCGGAUGAGAAGCAUCAACGAACCUGCGAGCGUGAAAUGGGUAGGCUCAAGCAACGAAAGGGAUUUGGUCGCGCGCAAACCUUUGCUUUUGGGCAACGCGAAACAUGCGAGAUGGACUCUCCUACAGGGCCUGCGAGACCCAACUCACGACAUACCCCCAUGUCAUUCGGCGAAGAUUCGCCUAUCUUUGGGGAGCGAACCCACGCCCGGCGGAUGGCGUCAUACUAA